AUGACUGUGUGCAAAUUGGAUAAUUAUUCAGUAGAAUUUCUAAUCGAUUCAGGAGCGUCCAUUAAUACAAUUACAGAAGAAGUAUGGCAAUCGAUUAAAUUUAAUCGGGUCAAAAUUUUCAACCUGAAGCAUGAUUGUGAUCGACAGUUCUUGGCCUACGCCAGUCAAACUCCGUUGCAAGUCCUAGCAGUAUUUGAAGCCCACAUUUCUGUCGACGCAUCGAAGCCGAAAACUUAUGCUGAGUUUUUCGUGGUGGAAUGUGCUAAUAGAUGUUUAUUAAGCAAACGCACAGCAGAGGAAAUGAAAGUUCUCAAAGUGGGUCUAGAAGUACAACAGAUAUCUGAUCACGUAGAACCGUUUCCCAAGUUUCCGGGUAUUCAGCUUAAGCUUUCGAUAGAUCCUAAAGUGGCUCCAAAGAAAAUAGCAUACAUUCGGAUUCCUAUUGCCAUGGAGGCAAAAGUGGAUGCUAAAAUACAGGAGAUGUUGGACUCUGAUGUGAUCGAACCGGCUACGGGUCCAACAGAUUGGAUUUCCCCGAUGGUCGUAGUACCCAAGGGCAAGAGUGACAUCCGAAUUUGUAUCAACAUGAAGUACCCAAAUGAAGCCAUUCAUCGUGAACAUUUUCCGUUACCUGUCAUAGAAACGUUCCUGAACAAGUUAAGAGGAGCGAGAUAUUUUUCGAAACUUGAUAUAGUUUCGGCUUAUCAUCACGUAGAGUUGCAUCCGGAAUCCCGGGCUAUUACCACCUUUAUGACAGCUCGUGGCUUGAUGCGCUUCAAGCGGCUGAUGUUUGGCAUCAACUGCGCACCCGAAAUUUAUCAGAGGAUAAUGACGGAGAUGCUUGCAGGAAUCGAUGGUGUCAUUGUUUAUAUUGAUGACAUUGUGGUUGUUGGUGCGACGAGAGAACAACACGACUCCCGACUAAUGCAUGUACUGUCUGUUUUGAAGCAAAAUAAAGCUAAAAUAAAUGAUGGCAAAUGUUUGUUCGGAGUCAAAGAGCUGGAUAUUCUAGGAUUCAAAGUUAAUGCAGGCGGAAUUCGCCCCUCCGAUGAAAAAAUAGCUGCAAUCAAAAAUUUUCGACAACCCAAAUCAAAAGAAGAGGUACGCAGCUUUCUUGGUCUGGUGAAUUUCGUAGGACAUUUUAUACCGCACCUUUCAACGAGAUCUGAACCUCUUCGCAAGUAUAUCCGAGGGGAAAUUGAAACAUUUGACAAAGAUCAGCAGAAUGCAUUUGACGACUUGCGUAAUGAACUUUCUACAAAUGUGAGAAAGUUAGGCUACUUUGACCCAAAUGGAGUAACUGAGUUAUAUGUGGAUGCUUCUCCAGUGGGCCUCGGCGCCGUCCUAGUACAGAGGACUGAAGAUAACACACCCCGUAUUAUAAGCUUCGCUUCUAAAGGUUUGACGGAUACCGAAAAACUUUAUCCGCAGACCCAACGAGAAGCCUUGGCGGUGGUAUGGGCGGUGGAAAAGUUUUAUUUGUAUCUCUUUGGACUCAAAUUCACUAUUUUCACCGACCACAAAACACUCCAAUACAUUUAUGGAGGUAAAUAUCGGGAUGGCCGACGGGCGUGUUCAAGAGCCGAGAGUUGGGCCUUGCGGUUACAACCAUACGAUUUUGAAAUGAAAUAUAUUCCGGGGAAAAGUAAUAUUUCCGAUAUCGUAUCUCGGUUGUGUCCAACAGUAGACAAAGAGUUUGACGAUAAUUCAGAACAUUACCUUUGUGCGCUAGGUGAGGAUUUAGAGGCCAUUACGUUAGAUGCCAUACGGCGUGAAACCGAAACCGAUUCAAUUUUGAAAGACGUGUGUACGGCUUUAAAGGAAGGGAGCUGGCCCACUCAUCUUUACCAGUACCAAGCAUUCGCAAAAGAACUCGGCAUGAUAAACGGAAUUUUAGUGCGGGACGAGAGAAUAGUGUUGCCCCAAAGUCUACAAAUCAGAGCUCUCUCUAUAGCACACAGAGGGCAUCCUGGCAUCAUAGCCAUGCGCCGAAAUCUAAGAGAAAGAUUAUGGUGGCCACGUAUGGACGAUGAUGUUCAGAAGAAAGUUAAGCUUUGUCUUGGUUGUACCGUUGUAAGUCGACAAAAUCCUCCUGAGCCAAUGAUUCGGAGUGAGAUGCCGGAACGUGCUUGGCAGGACAUUGCGAUAGAUUUUUUUACGGCUAAGGAGUAUGCAACUUUUCUAGUGGUUGUAGAUUAUUUUAGUCGGUUCCUUAAAGUAAUCGAAAUGAAGGGGACAUCAGCUUCAAAAACUAUAGAUGCACUGGAAACCAUUUUCAACGAACAUGCAUAUCCAGAGAGCAUUCGGUGUGACAAUGGUCCACCAUUCUCAAGUGAUGAAUUUUCGGAAUAUUGUUUAAAGAAAAACGUCCGAUUAAUUAAAUGUAUCCCGUACUGGCCGCAGAUGAAUGGGCUUGUAGAGCGGCAGAACCAGGGAAUCCUGAAGACUCUCCGGAUAGCCAAAGCCACAAAGAGUGACUGGAAGAAAGCCAUUAAGGAAUACGUGUAUAUGCACAAUACUACACCUAAUUCGGUAACAGGUAAAGCCCCUCUGGAGCUCAUGACAGGUCGUCCGGUGAAAGACAUGCUUCCAUCUUUGCGAACGGAAAGGUUAAGGAAUAAAAACGAAGAAAUAAGCGACAGGGAUGCCAUAUUGAAGAUGAAAGGCAAACUAGCCUAG